AGGAAGUUUGCGGUCUUGCAGUUCUUCAGACUGCUUUAGUAAAGUGAUGCCACCCAGGAAAAAGAGAAGACCUGCUUCUGGAGAUGACUUAUCUGCCAAGAAAAGUAGACAUGACAGCAUGUAUAGAAAAUAUGAUUCAACUAGAAUAAAGACUGAAGAAGAAGCCUUUUCAAGUAAGAGGUGCUUAGAAUGGUUCUAUGAAUAUGCAGGCACAGAUGAUGUGGUGGGCCCUGAAGGCAUGGAGAAAUUCUGUGAAGACAUUGGUGUUGAACCAGAAAAUGUAGUUAUGCUUGUCCUAGCUUGGAAAUUGGAUGCACAAAACAUGGGUUAUUUUACUCUACAGGAAUGGUUGAAAGGCAUGACUUCUCUACAAUGUGACACAACAGAAAAACUCAGAAAUACUUUGGAUUACUUAAGAUCAUUGUUAAAUGAGUCUACAAACUUUAAACUUAUUUACAGAUAUGCCUUUGACUUUGCACGGGAAAAGGACCAGCGCAGCCUAGACAUAAACACUGCCAAGUGCAUGUUGGGACUGUUAUUAGGAAAAAUCUGGCCCCUUUUUCCAGUUUUUCACCAAUUCUUAGAGCAAUCAAAAUAUAAAGUGAUUAAUAAAGACCAGUGGUGCAAUGUCCUAGAGUUUAGCAGAACCAUUAACCUUGACCUCAGCAACUAUGAUGAAGACGGCGCAUGGCCGGUUUUGCUGGACGAGUUUGUGGAGUGGUACAAAGACAAACAGAUGUCCUAGGACUUUCCGCACAGAGACGAAAGAGUCCCUGUUACCACAGUUCUGUCACCCAUUAGCCAUAAAUUGCUGUCUGUAUCAAGCGCAUGCUGCUUUCUCGCACUGUCUCCCUGGGCAGGGACGUUUGGUGUUUGCUGUGCGUGGCCGGCUCUGCUUGCUGUGGCCUUGUUCUUGCGGAAGGCUGCUUUGCGGUUUGUAUUCACACUACAGAUUGGUGAACUGCCAGCGUCCUCACUGUGAUGAUGUGUAUAUUGCUGUUUAAAUUUUGUAUAUGUGUAUAAAAAGAAAAGCUUCACCUAGAGAUUAUUUCUGCAAAAUUGUAUUGUAAAAAUAAUUUUGUGGCAUAUUUCUAGUCCCUUUUUUCAAAUGAAUUAGUUAUACUUUAUUUGAUCUCAUAUGUAGCAUUUCAGAAAACAAGAUGAAAUAACUGUUACCAUGAGCCAACGUUGCCAGAAUUCACCUUACUGUUGAAGAGGCCAACUUUUGGAAGGAGGAAGGUGUCAUGACUUUUCAGAGGUGUAUGCCAAAUAUCAAUUGGUUCACUUAACAAUAUUGCCAUUUUAAUAUGAUAGAAGUUAUUAUUUGAACAUACAGACAUAUAACAUGCCACAAAUCAUUUCCGCCAAAUAAGGGGAUAGCUUGGACAUAGGUACAAAUGGACACAUUCACACUGCACCUAUUUUUUAAAAAUCGGGUUUAAUUUGUGUAAUUAUCUGUAAUGGUUUUCUUUUUCUUGUUCCCCUUUGCACUCUUCCAGCCAGUGUUGGUCUGCUGAUGCUUCCUGUGCCACUCUGAGUAAAAUGUAUUUUACAAAACUCCUCCAUGAAAGCCUCAUGGUUUGGUGGCAAUUUCUAACUGCAAGACACUUUGUGGCUUGAAUUUUUCAUGGCGUCUGACUUUCUAGUUUUUUGGGGAAAGAACCUCACAGUCAGUAAGAGUGUUCAGUUCUGUUGUCCUUGUUUGUUUCUUUCAUGCUAAGCCUUCCUGGCAGUGUGUCCAUUGCAGGCAGUGGGCAUGACAGCACAGCACUGCAUUUUGCUGGCCAGGCCGUGCUGGGGCUCUCUCCUGGAGGGGCUGCCAUCAUUCCCAAGUCAGUGUACAGAGGGCAGCAGCCAGUACGUAUGUGGACGAGGAAACUGUAGUGAGCAAGAUGGUGUGUGUAGGUUUGUAUUUUUAUGUCUUCUUUGUGGUUUUUGUUUGUUUUUGCCUUACCCUUCCUGAGGAAAUGUGGAGAUGACAUGUUUUCACCCCAACUCUCUGGUGCUAUGAAUGACUCACUCAGUCCCUAAAGUUAUGAGAAGACACGCGAGUCUAGCGCUUUGACCCAAAGUGAGCGUGAAUGGUACGUGUGAACAAGCGAAUGCUGUCGACAGCAGAUCUGUAGUUGAGCAUGUGGGAACUGGAAGAGGCUUGGGUUAUUUGGAAACCUCGCCAAAAAUUCUUUUUGAUGACAUGUAAACCUUUAAAUGGCAUUAAAUGAGUAAAGCACACAGACAAUGCUAUUCUUGACAUAUUUCUAGUGGCAUAUUUUUGCAGUUUCUUUGCAGUGUUCAGACUUUCUGAUUAUUUUUUUCCCUAACUAAACCACCAAAGAUAGAAAUUUUGUAUGUAUUUACAAUGUGUGCAUAUAAUAUACAAAAUCAUGGUGUGCUAGAAUGCAACUGCUUUCUUUUCCUACCAAAUAGAAGGGUUAUGUUUGCUGUGAAAUAAACCAGAAGUUUAAAAAAAAACUCUGUAGUGAUUAAGCAUACUUAACCAUUCCUUGUUAGUGGACUCACUUUUAACCUUACAGAUUAAUACCAGUUUGCUUAAAUUAAUAUCUGAAAAGAAUAGAAGAUGCUAAUGACUGACAACAGCUGUCAGGACUGAUGUGCAGGGCGUGGGGGCUGCAUGGAGCCUGACCAGAGGCAGGGUCAGAUCUGUAGAGAAUGGAUUUCAUCUCAGAAGCACGCCCUAAAGUUAAGAAAUUACACUUUACACUUCAAAAGCAACAGUUCUUAAAUUUGGUUAACUAUAGUUUUGUUUAAAGCAAAUAUAUAUAAUAGAUGAAAUUAUUUUAAAUGUUAUGUUUGAGACUGGAGAAUUUGUAGAUGCUGCGCACAGUUAAUUCGGAAAUGAAAGGAUUGUUUCAAAAAGGAGGUGUUACAUUCAAUUUCAUGAUGUGUGCUGUGAAAAUCAGUAUUCCAGAGGGAUAAUCCUGCAUAUUCAGAAAAAUUUGAAUCUGUAAAUUGCCUCGGAAGAAACCUCUAUGAUUGCUGGGGAGCAGAGUGCUUGCCCUUGGUUUUCUUGAUUUUGUAUAGUUAUUUUUAAGGGGACUAAAAGGAGCCAGGCAGAGUAUACGAUAGGCUUUCUUAAAAUUUUCCCUAAGCUACACAAAAUUGACCCAUCACUGAGCACUUGCCUGGCUGGUGCUACACAGGCAACAGUGCCUAUCUGGUUUUUCUUUACCCGAGUCUACACUGUUUCUCUCGCUCCACUGUCUGAACUCCACACUGCAGUGCCCUGUCGUGGUGGAGUGCAACUUAUAGACGCUCACUGCCACGGCAGAUCAGAAAUGCCCUUAUUUAGUUUGCCACAAACUCCACUGUGACGUUACAUGCACCAUUUUUGGAGCUGAGGCUCUGAAUUAUGUUUUCAUCAAUUUGCCUAGACACACCUCCAGGGUCUGGUUUAACAGAUUUCCUUUGCUUCUCAGUCUCCAUUGUCACAGUGCUUUUGAAGUUUAUACGGAAAGCUUUAAAAGUCAGUGUGUGCCCUUGGUUUUUAUUAUUACAACUGCUAAAAUACCUCUCUGUAAGCCUUACCCUUUAUUCUUUCAUAUGUUGUAUAAUAAAUAUAUAGAAUUCAAUGACCAACAAACAUGUUGGGUGUCUGUAAAUGAGACCACAACAUGGGUUGCUUGUCUCAUAACUGACUCUUGGGGUUGCGGCUGUUGCGUGAGCCACAGCCCGCCCGACUGUGAAUGCUUCGUGUCGCCAGUGUUGCGUUCCAUUCAUCAGUGGCAAGUCCUGUGACUCCCAGCUCACCGAAACUCUCUUCCGCCACCUCACUUGAGUCCAGCAAACUGGUUUUAGAUUUUAAUGAAUUGAUGUAAAAUGACAUCCCAUAAUAAAAUAUUUGUGUUGGUUUCAGAA